AGUUUCCCUGAAUGCGUUCCGUGUGAUCGGUGCUGCCGGUGUGAUCGUCCGUGUGUUGUGGUCGCUGUGCCGUCGGCGUCGUCCGGGAUUAGCGGCGUCGCUCGAGACAGCCGCCGGACCCUCGGCCUGGAGGCUUGCUCCCACACCCUUGAGUAGGAGAGGAGAUAGCAGUUUAUCGUGGUGGGGGCACACAAACUCUCAACAACGGACGGCCCCAGGGGACCGGGGGGCGCUUCACGUGUCUCAGGAGGAAGUAUUGUUCAGAAAAUCGCUGUGGAAGUAGGAUUCGUUCUGCUGUGGGAGGCGUGAGUUUUAAUCAUUGAUUUCAACAACUUGAUCCUCAAUAGAAGUUGGAUGGACGACACUCGCUCCCUGAUCACAAAGCGACGCUGGAUCCCCCCUUCUACAAUCAGACGCGAUGAUGCACUCACCCAGGAAACAAAGAAUGACCUCCUAUUCAGGAAGGUCCGAGGAAUACUCAACAAACUCACACCGGAAAAAUUCCAGAAGUUGAGUGAUGAUCUCUUAGCGAUACAGCUUGACACCAAUACCAUCUUAAAAGGUGUUAUUCUGCUGAUCUUCGAGAAAGCACUCGAUGAACCGAAGUACAGUUCUAUGUAUGCACAGCUGUGCAAGCGGCUAACAGAAGAAGCUCCAAACUUUGAACCUGUUGGCAAGCCUUGCACAUUUAAACUACUUCUGCUAAACAAGUGUCGUACUGAGUUUGAAAAUCGUGCCCAAGCUACCAAAGCCUUUGAGAAAAAUGACGGGAUACCACUUACCACAGAUGAGGAGGAGAAGCGCCAGUUGGCGAAGCGCAAAAUGCUGGGAAACAUCAAAUUCAUUGGAGAAUUGGGCAAACUUAAUAUCUUGGCGGAGAGGGUCCUCCACGAGUGCAUUCAACAACUUUUACUGGACAGCAAGAAGAAAGUCGUCCAUGAGGCGGCCGAGGAUUUGGAAUGCCUCAGUCAGAUAAUGUGCACUUGUGGGAGACUUCUGGAUUCUGAUAUGGCUAGGGGGCUGAUGGAUCAGUACUUUAGCCGUAUGAAAGUACUAGCUGAGAACCCGGACUUGCCGCGCCGAAUUCGCUUCAUGCUACGUGAUGUGAUUGAGCUGCGGGGCAACAACUGGGUACCCCGGAAGGCUGCUACUGUGGAGGGUCCAAUGCCCAUGCAUCAAAUCCGUGAUGACUCAGACCCACCUUCGCGCAGCUACACUCCCCCAAGUCGCGGGGGUGACGGGGUUGGUCGCAGUGGUGGAGGCGGUGGCCUAGUGUCAAGUAUGGGAAUGAUGGACCAGUUCCGUCCUCCCAAUAAGAUGCGCCAAGGUGGCUUUGACGACUUAGGCUAUGGCUACCCGUCGGUCGGCGGGCCAAAUCAACCCAUGAUCUCUUCAAGGUACGGAAACGGUUAUUCUGGAAGAGAUGGUGGGAGGGAUGGACACCACAACAACAACCGCGGCAACUUCAGAGGGCAGAAUUUCCAAAACCAUGGGAAGAAUUACAACCAUCACAACAAUCAUAACAAUUUCAACAACAACUCUGUGAAGGAACUUGGUCCUCGUUUGAAGAAGAUGAUGAAUGAAACUGAAAACACCAACAUUGAAGAGGUUCAACUUCGUCCAAGUGCCAACUCCAUGUUUUUCAAACAGGCGGCUACCAAGCCGAUGCUCAAUCCCCGCUCUGGUCUGGGUCCACCACCAGGCCGAGGCAUCAAUUUGAGUGAUCAGAUCAAUGCACCCAAACCCCAUACUCCUUUGCAGUUGCAAAAAGAACAACCCAUCCUCAUCAAGCAAGCUUCUCAAGAUAAGAACAAGAAUGCCAAGAAAGACAAGGGUCCAAACAAGGAAGAAGUUCUGAAGAAAGUCAACACCAUGGUGGAAGAAUUCUUGAAAAACAACAAUUUGGAUGAGGCCCUCAGUGCCUACAGAGAGCAUAAGAUACCUGACAAAUUUGUCGUUGCUGUUCUUCAUACUAUUCUUGCCCAUGAAGUGGACAAAUCUGACAAGGAAAGGGAGCAAGUGUUGAGUCUUGUUCAGUCCCUUCGGAAGGAGAGCUUAGUAACAUUACAUCAAUUUAACGAGGCUUUCAAGGAGCUUGUUACUCAGAUGUCUGAAAAGGAGCAAGAAAUUCCUCGCAUUUUCUCACACCUGGCUAACUAUGCAGCAAGAUCGGUUAUCCUGGAGCUCAUGACACUCUCAGAUGUAGCAGAGGUGACUGAAGGAGGGUCAAAUUACCCUCUCUUCAUGCUUACCCUGCAAACAUUAAACAAGGAAAUGGGAAAGGCGGAACUCACUAAAUUUUUCAAUGACAGCAAGAUCAACUUGAUGUCUACAUUGCCGGAAGUGGACCGUACUAAGGAGCGCAUGUCUGAAAUUUUGGAAGAAAGGGGUCUGACUUUCCUGUUCCCUCUGCUGCGCAUUCAAUCUGCACUUUGGAAACAAAUUGAAGCUGAUCCUAAUCCAACACAGUUCUAUAAGUGGAUCAAAGAGACUCUGGACCCUUCCCAUCAGUCCGAUUCUGGUUUCAUCAAUGCACUCAUGACUGUUCUCCUGAAAUACAUCUCUCAGGAGUCUACCCUUGCUGAGGGUUGUGAUCCAAAUGUAGUGCCGGACAAAGUCUUACAAGAGAAAGAGAAAGCUUUGUUGGAAAAGUACAAACUGGUCCUGAAAGCUUUCUUGCAUGAUCAUUUGGACUUGCAGGUCACUGCUGUCUACUCCCUGCAAGUCUUCUGCUAUUCCAACAACUUCCCUAAAGGUAUGCUGCUACGUUGGUUCGUGAAUCUGUAUGAUCUGGAGGUCAUUGAGGAGGAAGCAUUUUUCAAGUGGAAGGAGAAUGUUUCUGAUGAUUAUCCUGGCAAGGGGAAGGCGCUCUUCCAGGUCAACCAGUGGCUGAUGUGGCUGGCGGAGGCGGAGUCUGAAGAGGAGGAGGAGGGCGAUGCCUAGGCUGUGCAGUAUUAAACGUGUUACUGGGUAACAAAAGUUCUAAAAAAUAGUAAAAUUUGCAGUUAAGUAAAUGCUAUCUGCAUCAAAAUUGAGUGGGGUGUGUGUUCCACUCCAGAAAAAAAGAGGAAAAGUGUUUAAAAAUGUGGUUAGCGUUCAUUUAGUACUCACAUCAUUUUAUCUUUCUUUCAAUGAAGCUACCUGCACAUAGUUUCCGGACGCGGGCUUCUUCAACUGGUAGAGCAGCAAAUUUUAAAUUAGAAUUGAAUUCUUUUGAAGCAUUUGCUCUGGAAGGGCAAAAGCAAAUUAUUGUAUCUUAAUUCUUAAUUCUGCAGUUUUCCAUUUGAGGGAUUUCUUUAUUUAUUCAAUGAAUUUUUCUUAUUGUAACAAAUUUUAUCUAAGGAACAGAGGAGACUUGUACUGUGUACAAACUUUUUCAUACCAAUAAAUAGUGAGAAGUCAUUGGUUUAAUUCUUUAUCCCUUUCCUCAGUGGGUUAAUUAAUUUUCAAUUAAUUUAUUUCUGCCAGUUAAGAAGUGAGUGUCUUCUAGGGCAAUAAUAGAAAGAAUGUAACGGUGUUAGCGGUCAGAUGGAGUAAUGCAAGGUUAUUCUUGUUGUGUGCAUCAAUUUUAUUUGUCAUGUGAUUGAUUUGUGUCGUACAGUUUUAGUUCUAGGCAACUGUUCCUUUCUUUCAUAUUCAAUUUUACGGCACGGGGUGCUGAUAAUUUUAUGUUGCGUUGACUAUUUGACAUAUUUUUGAUUGUUUUUUUUAAACCUUUUAUUGAGUGCAAAUCUCUUUUGAAAAAAAAAUUAUUAUUCUAGGUUAGGCGUAAACCCUUUACCUUUUUAGAACCAUUUCCAUUUAUUUAUCCUGUAGUGUUCUAGAUUUUUAUUACUCUCGAUUCUGUCAUAACAUUGUUGAGUACAUCUUGAAUCGGAUUGUGUGGUUGUUUUUAAUGUAAGGGGACUUCAACAUCUCAAACCCAGGUAGCUGUUCUUUUUUAAUUAAAUCUGCCUGAUAGCUGGUUUUGUUCAUGUUUUGUUCGUCCUCAUGUUGAUUUUGUGAUUUGGUUGAAAUGAAAUGUGGAAAUGGUUUGAAAGGAAUAUCCGUGGAACUGAGUAGUCUUCUCACAGUGAAAUGAGUGAAGAAAUGUUAGUGAGCCUCUAUCUGGUUCUUGGAGGGAACACUAACUCGACUAGUCAUUUAAGCAACUGUGUCAAGACCAUUACUAUUAUUUAUUGCCCAUACAAAAAAAUAAUAAUACUCACUUCCCUUACUCUCCUGAAUGAUAUGUUAAUUUAGUGGAAGUAAGGUAUGGGACCAAGAUGGAAUAUUCAGGAUGUACAUUUUGUCAUUUUUGUUUUAAUCCUGCCAUCCUUUAUAUUAUUCCACUUGCAUUCUUUAUAUGAAGAGAGUGGAUUUUGCUACUGUUAUGAAAUUUGUUAACUACCUCAUGAGUCUAUAUGUUUUGUCCCUUAAUAUUGCUUGUCCACAGAAAUCUGUACUUGUUUGCAUUGCAUUGUUCUUAUCCCAUCUAAAAUUGUUGGAUCUUUGUGUACCUAACACCAAAUAAAGUAUUACUGACCACAUCA